AACACAUGUUUAAAUUAAAACACUGUAUGUCUACUUCUCUGAAACAGCAAGAAAAAGCUCUGUUUUUUUAACGCCGGUUACUAUCACCGAUCACCGGCAGCUUCCGUCACCGCCGGUGGAAUUAGAAAAGUUUUCAGCUUUAACUCCUCCGCUUUAAAGGGUGUCCAAAUAUGCAAUUUUUUUUUCUUUUUAACUCUAUUUAUUAUUAUUAAGAAAUUUAUUCUUGUGUAAAUGCAAGAUUUAGAGUUCCUAAUUCUAAAAUUGUUUCUAAUUUUCAUUUGUGACAAAGAUACAAACUUUUAAUCAUAAAUAUAUAUAAAAUAUAGUUCAAGAACAUCUAUUGCCAAAAAAAAUGAUACCCAUUUAGAGAAAUGAAGUUACUUUAGCCUACAAAAAGUUAUUUCUUGAGCCAUUGUAGAUUUUUUAUUCAGAAUUCCAUUUAAUGGAGAAUCAAGGGUCUUUUAUGUCAAACCAGCAGCAUCAGCAACACAAUUUCUUAGCAGAAGUUUCAGGUGAAGAUGAAUUGUGCCAAGAGUUAUGGAGAUUGUGUGCAGGUCCAUUAGUUGAUGUUCCAAAAAAUGAAGAAAGGGUUUACUAUUUCCCACAAGGUCAUAUGGAACAAUUGGAGGCAUCAACAAAUCAGGAGCUGAAUCAGAGCAUACCAUUGUUCAAUCUGCAACCAAAGAUCCUUUGUCGCGUUCUUCACAUUCAACUUCUGGCUGAACAAGACUCUGAUGAGGUUUAUGCACAGAUUGCUUUGUUGCCCGAAGCAGAUCAAGUUGAGCCGACUAGUCCUGAUCUGUCCCUGCCCGAGCCUCCGAGGCCCAAAGUUCAUUUCUUCUGCAAGGUUCUAACUGCGUCUGAUACGAGCACUCACGGUGGAUUUUCCAUUCUCAGAAAACAUGCUAACGAAUGCCUGCCUCCCCUGGACAUGACCCAAGCGACUCCAGCACAGGAAUUGGUCGCCAAGGACCUUCAUGGCUUCGAGUGGCAUUUUAAACAUAUAUUUAGAGGCCAACCCAGGAGGCAUUUACUUACCACAGGGUGGAGUACCUUUGUUUCCUCGAAGAGAUUAGUUACGGGGGAUUCUUUUGUAUUCUUGAGGAGUGGAAAAGGUGAAGUCCGAAUAGGAAUUAGACGACUUGCUCGCCAACCGAGCUCAAUGCCACAAUCAGUGAUUUCAAGUCAGAGCAUGCACCUAGGAGUGUUAGCUACUGCAUCUCAUGCUGUGACGACCCAGACUAUGUUUGUCGUUUAUUACAAACCGAGAACAAGUCAGUUUAUCAUAGGUCUAAACAAAUAUCUCGAGGCUGUUAAGCAUCGGUAUUCAGUUGGCAUGAGAUUCAAGAUGAAAUUUGAAGGGGAAGAGAUUCCUGAGAAAAGAUUUACAGGUACCAUAGUAGGAGUUGAAGAUAGUUCCUCACAGUGGAAAGAUUCAAAAUGGCGAUCAUUGAAGGUUCAAUGGGAUGAGCCUGCGUCUGUUCCAAGACCUGACAGAGUUUCUCCUUGGGACAUCGAACCAUUUGUGGCAUCAGUCGCUACUCCUCUCGUUCCACCAAUGGGGGUGAAGAAUAAAAGGCAUCGAGCACAUAACGAACCCAAAUCUUCAGAACCUGUUCCUGCUGCUGCACUAGCCGCUUGGAUUCCCUCAGCGCAAUUUAACCCCGUUAUUGAAGGACAAAGUAGUGAUAAUCCAUUUUCCUUGCAUACUUCACAAACAAAUUCAACUGCCACAAACAGUACUUUUAAGGCUCGUGUCGAUGGAAUUUGGUCAGCUUCUAAAGUAAACGCUUCUUUGAAUAUGCUUUUGGAUGAGACAGAAGCCAGUAAAAGUGCUUCACCUCGGCCUGCUUUUCCAAGCUUUGCGUCCUCACAAUUCGGAAAGCAGAACGAUCUCCUGCUUCCUAGUCUAGAUGAUGAGAGAAAAUGUGGUACAAUUACAUCCUGUAGAUUGUUUGGUAUUGACUUGAAAUGUCCCUCAUUUGGUUCUGUUAAUGAGAAUCCGCCUCUAGAACCAGCCAACAAUUCUGAUGGCUCUGCUGAAGGGUGCUCUGGAAACUUGACUUCUGCUGGUGAUUCAGAAGACAACUCUGGCCUUUCAAGAGAUUCUGAAGAUCAGAAGCAAGAGCAGCUGAAUCCACCACCAAAGGAGGUUCACAUCAAGCAGGUUUCUUCCACCAGAACUCGCACCAAGGUUCAAAUGCAAGGGGUGGCUGUGGGACGUGCUGUGGAUUUAACAAAACUGAAUGGAUAUGAUGAGCUCCUAAGAGAACUCGAAGAGUUGUUCGAUAUCCAGGAAGAGCUCCACGCACGAAAUAAAUGGGAGAUCGUUUUUACAGAUGAUGAAGGUGACAUGAUGCUUAUGGGCGAUUAUCCUUGGUCAGAGUUCUGCAACAUCGCGAAGAGGAUCUUCAUUUGUUCUAGUCAAGACAUGAAAAGUUUCAGUGCAGGAACCAAAUCGCCGUCUUGUUUAGAAAGUGAGACAACUGCUUCAACAUGAAAAUUUGGAAGAGAAUAAAGGUAUCUGCAAUCUUCAAUAAUAACGCGUAGAGGAUGAGACUAUGUCGUCUUGUUGAAUAAGCUUGAUAACAAGCAAAUAGUUGAAUCUUUUUUCAUCAUUUAGUGGAGUUAUUAGUAUUAGAAGCUUGUGUAUAUGUAACUUUAUGAUUCUGGUGGAAGUUUGAUUGUUGUAUCUCUAUAGUUGUACUUACUCAUUGUUACAACAUGAAAAACUUACUCACACCGAGUGUUUUAUGUAAAAUCAAUAAGUAUAUGAGACGUAUAUUCUAUA